UGCAACUUAACCUUCAGUUAGAUUUGUGUUGUGUUUGACUGCACUCCAGCAAGCACCGCAUCUGUAACAAUUUACCAUUUCAACCAAGACUUGUACUCUUAGCCAGAAUGAAGUGUUUCCUUCUUUCUGUUGCUAUUUUUGCAACAGUUGCUCUAAGCUGCGGCGCCGAGAAGCUUCACCCUCUGUCGGAUGAAUUCAUCGACGCUAUUAACAACAAACAUACAACCUGGAAAGCUAGAAGAAACUUCGACGUGAACACUCCCAUGUCUUCGAUCAAGCAACUGCUUGGUGUCCUUCCCAGGAAAGAAAAUGCUCGUAAAUUGCCUCUGAAAAUUCAUCCAGAAGACGCAGAUAUACCAGAAACAUUUGAUGCUAGAGAAGCUUGGCCAGAUUGUGCUGACAUAAUCGGAACAAUCAGGGAUCAAGCUGCUUGCGGGUCCUGUUGGGCAUUUGGAGCCGUCGAAGCUAUGAGUGACAGAAUCUGCAUUCAUUCCGAUGCACAAACUAAGGUACUAAUCUCAGCUGAAGACCUGAAUGAUUGCUGUUCAGAUUGCGGAGACGGUUGCAAUGGAGGUUGGCCAGAUGAAGCAUGGUGGUACUGGUCACAGACGGGAAUUGUCACGGGAGGACUUUAUGGUACUACAGAUGGAUGUAAAGCAUAUUCUAUUACUCCCUGCGAACACCAUGUUGAUGGUGAUCUUCCGGCUUGCGGUGACAUUCAACGAACUCCUACAUGCAAGUCCACUUGCGACGAAGGAGUAGAUCUAGUUUACAAACAAGACAGAAGAACUGGAAGUGCAUACAGCAUAGCGCAAUCAGUAAAACAAAUUCAAAUUGAAAUUAUGACCAACGGACCUGUUGAGGCCGAUUAUGACGUUUAUGAAGAUUUUCCCAGUUACAGUUCUGGCGUAUACCAGCAUACUCAAGGCGACUACGAAGGUGGACAUGCUGUUAAAAUUCUAGGCUGGGGAGUCGAAGAUGGUACAGAUUACUGGUUGGUUGCGAACUCCUGGAAUGAAGACUGGGGAGAUAAUGGCUACUUCAAAAUUUUGCGUGGCGAAAAUGAAUGUGGAAUUGAAGCUGAUAUUAUAGGCGGAAUACCAGAUUUGUAAUUUAGUAAAAGUACUGUUACUUCUGAGAGUUAAUAAAGUGUUAUAUGCAA